CCCACAUUUCUGCCUAUAUUCCGGGCCAGGAAACCACUAUAUACAUACAGGAUGAUGACGACCAAUCAACUCCCACAUUGAAAGUGUUUCUCUGUCUUCAUCGCAAAAGAAAAGAAAAGAAAAAUGGUUACAACUUCUCCUCCAAAGGAAGUUGUUUCAGACGACAAAUGGAAGGAGGAGCCGGUGGACAACGCCCGCCGAGCAAAAUGGUGGUACUCCACCUUUCACACAGUCACCGCCAUGAUCGGUGCCGGUGUACUCAGCCUGCCUUAUGCCAUGGCCUACUUAGGAUGGGGUCCAGGGACAAUGGUGCUGGUAAUAUCAUGGUGCAUGACCUUGAACACAAUGUGGCAGAUGAUUCAGCUCCAUGAAUGUGUUCCGGGAACUCGGUUUGACCGAUACAUCGACCUUGGCCGACACGCCUUCGGACCAAAGUUCGGGCCAUGGAUUGUGCUUCCGCAACAAAUGAUUGUGCAGGUUGGUUGUGACAUAGUGUACAUGGUCACCGGAGGAAAGUGUCUAAAGAAGUUUGUGGAGAUGGUAUGUGCCAAUUGCACACCGGUCAAGCAAUCGUACUGGAUUGUCAUCUUUGGUUCCCUUCAUUUCUUUCUUUCCCAGCUCCCCAAUUUCAACUCUGUUGCUGGUGUUUCUCUAGCAGCAGCUAUCAUGUCACUAAGUUAUUCAACUAUAGCGUGGGCAGGUUGCUUAAGCAAAGGUCAGGUUGAAAACGUGAGCUAUGCAUACAAGAAAACAAGCCCUGCAGAUUACAUGUUUAGGGUUUUCAAUGCAUUAGGUCAAAUCUCGUUUGCAUUUGCCGGGCAUGCAGUGGUGCUUGAAAUCCAAGCCACAAUUUCAUCGACGCCCGAGAAGCCAUCGAGAAUUCCCAUGUGGAAAGGUGCUCUAGGAGCCUACUUUAUCAAUGCAAUUUGCUAUUUCCCGGUGGCUCUCAUCGGGUACUGGGCUUUCGGUCAAGAUGUCGAUGAUAACGUGCUCAUAGAUCUUAAAAAACCUGCAUGGCUCAUUGCUGCUGCUAACCUAAUGGUUGUCGUCCAUGUCAUUGGCAGCUACCAGGUUUAUGCUAUGCCUGUUUUUGACAUGCUUGAGAGGAUGAUGGUGAAAAAGGUGAACUUCCCACCUGGAAUUGCACUUAGACUGAUCACGAGAUCAGCUUAUGUUGCAUUUACAUUAUUUGUUGGAGUCACCUUCCCUUUCUUUGGAGACCUUCUUGGUUUCUUUGGUGGAUUUGGUUUUGCCCCCACUUCAUACUUUCUUCCUUGUAUAAUGUGGCUGAGAAUUAAGAAACCAAAGAGAUACAGCAUUCCAUGGCUCGUCAACUGGGUUUGCAUAUUCAUCGGAGUGUUCAUCAUGUUGGCUUCCACAGUUGGAGGUUUUCGUAAUAUCAUUGCUGAUGCAUCAACAUAUCGUUUUUACACGUAAUUAACGAUAUAUAAGCGGAUUAUUAUGCCACUAAUCAGACGAAAAUUAUGUAUUAUCCAAGUUGCGGAGUAACUAGUAAGGACUAGUGUUCUGUCAUCCUCUUCCUUCAAGAAUUAAUCAAGCAUGCAGUCUUUUAAUUAGAGUGGAUCAUAUUUAACGCCAA